AUGCAGCUGGAGAUGAACAGGCACCUCCUCCUGCUGAUCCAGCCGCAGACGAAGAGGACUCCGAGGCUCUCUUGUCGCUCGGUCUGGAACCAGGGAGUGUCGCCGACGAUGGCCGACUGGGACCGCAACAGGCGACAGUCCUUCUCCGAGGUGUGGAGCAGAAUUGACACCUCGCCGCUGCUGUGCCCCCCGCCAGCUCCUGCGAGGAGACCAUCCGCGCCCGCAGCCCCAGCAAGGACCCGAGCGGCGGCCGCCGCCCGAGCGUCGGCAGCGCCUACGGGGACCACUUCCGCCCGAGUAUGA